UGCUGCAGGAGGAGCUGGUUUCUGUUGACGAUGAACUGCAAGCGUUGGAGAUCCAGAUUCAAGAACUUCUUGAACAUCAGCAACAACUAAUUCAAAAGAAGACCGUCCUGAAGAAGAAAAUAACACAGUUGUCCGACACAGAAAGCGGGAGCAGCAAAGAGACUGGAUCAGCAACUGAGGACUGGAACAAAGAAGACUUUCCGUGGUCCACAAAGAUAAGGGAUGUGUUACAAAAGAGCUUUGGCCUUCAGAGUUUUAGGCCCUUGCAGCUGGAGACAAUUAAUGCAACAAUGGCAGGCAGAGAUGUAUUCCUUGUCAUGCCUACUGGAGGGGGAAAAAGCCUGUGUUAUCAGUUGCCAGCAGAGGGUUCUCCGGUUAUGUUAAACAGUCUUACUUAUUUUGUUGAUACAGGAAUUAUCUACUGCUUUUCCCAGAAAGAUGCUGAGCAAGUUACUAUGAGCUUGCAAAAACUGGGGAUUAAAGCAGGUACUUACCAUGCAAAUAUGGAGCCCAAAGAUAAGAGCAGAGUUCACAAGCGGUGGUGUGCCAACGAAAUCCAGGUUGUGGUGGCCACUGUGGCUUUUGGCAUGGGAAUCGAUAAACCAGACGUGAGAUUUGUCAUACAUCAUUCCAUGAGUAAAUCCAUGGAAAAUUACUACCAAGAGAGUGGACGCGCAGGUCGGGAUGACCAGAGAGCCGAUUGCAUCUUGUAUUAUGGCUUUGGUGACAUAUUCAGAAUCAGCACGAUGGUGGUGAUGGAAAACGUGGGACAACAGAAGCUGUAUGGCAUGGUUUCCUACUGUCACGAUAUGGGAAG